GGUCCUCCAUACUGUUUGCCAGUAAUCAAAAUGAAAUGAGAAAAGACACUCGCCUCAAAAACAUCAAGCAAAUAUUGAGCUUUUUGUUUCCUUUAAUCCGAUCCAUUUUUCACCAGGUGUUCCAAGGCAACUUUAAGUCUUUUUGCUUCUUGGCGAAAGUUACCUGCGAAACCAUCCCGGCUUUUACAAUACUGGUAAUAAUAGAGAAAUCGGUAUUUUCCG